UUAGAUGUAAAGGUUUAUGCUUUUCAUUUGAUCGGUUUUCCCUUCAAGGCAUUUACUGUCCAGCAAACAGUCACUAUGAGCUGUGUGGAACAGACUGUGGCCACACCUGUGUCUCCUGCUUUCCACUGUGGUAUGGCUUUAUUAUUAUGAUGUGGAAAGAUGGAAAGAUGGAAACCAUCUUGAAAGAUGGUUGCUCUGAGCGAUGUGAAUGUUUUGCCUCUGAUGUUGUGCACUGUGCCGCUGCAUCCUGCACUCCUGCACAGCAGUGCACCGUCAGGAAUGGCCAGCUGGGCUGUUAUGAUGGGAUGUCCACCUGCACUGUCUGGGGAGACCCACAUUACAUCACCUUUGAUGGCGCCCUGGCUCAUUUCCAGGGAACAUGCUCUUAUAUCAUUACUGAGACUGGGAGUCAUGGCAACAAUCACACCCAGUUUGAGGUUGUAGCCACCAACAAUCACCGUGGCAAUGACCAUGUGUCCUUUGUGUCAUCAGUGGACAUACAUUUCUCUAAAGAUGCAGAGAGUGCAUAGCUCAAGUGUCAACACAGGAAGGCUUUAUAGUCUUUAAUGCAGCUGACCUUAUUGUCCAAUUUGAUGGCCAGAGUACUCUAUUGGUCAGAAUGAGUCAGCACUAUCAGAAUAAAGUCAGUGGGAUGUGUGGGAACUUCAACGGAGAUCCUUCAGAUGAUAAAGUGAAACCGAGUGGCACACUCGCCCAAAAUGACACUGAGUUUGGACACAGCUGGAAGUCACCAACCAGUCAGCCAGGAUGUGGAUCCACUGAUGAAAUAAAUGAAGAUGGACACUGUCGUUUUUCACAAGAAUACUCUGAACUCUGCAGCAUCAUCACCAACACCAGUGGUCCAUUCAGUGCCUGUCACCUGCACUCUGACCCACAGCCAUUUUUCUCUUCCUGCGUCUAUGAUCUCUGUCUCUACUCUCCAGCCAAUGGCAUGCUGUGUUCUGCAGUUUCAGCCUAUGAGAAAACUUGCACUGUUUUAGGCUUGAACAUCCCAGAAUGGCGCCCUGCUUUACACUGUGCCUUGUCAGAUCCCUGUGAACAGCUGAACUGUGCAGAACAUGAGUGGUGCGGGAAGAAAAAUGGAGAGUACGGCUGCUUCUGCGAUGAGCACCAUCAUAGACCAAACAAUGAGAGCUACGACUCGUCCAUCACCUGUGAAAACAGCUCAGGGACCAUGUCUGUGUCCCGCUGCCAGCUGUUUGAGGCCGGCUUUCACUCCAGUGCUCUCCAUCUUAAAGAUAGCUCCUGCAAUGGAACUGUUCAGAAUGGAAGACUUGUUUUCCACUUUGACAAUGAGGGUCAUCUUUGUGGAACCGUUCUCAGGAGCAAUGGAACCCAUUUCAUGUAUGAGAACACCAUUCAGGGGGAUGUGGAUACUCAUGGAAGUAUCAUAAGCCGUCAGAAGAACGUCCAUUUGCUCUUCUGCUGUUCUUACCCUCUGUCCCAGGCCCUGUCUAUGGAUGUGGGCAUAAACCCUCUGGAGAGUGUAGUGAGGAAGAAGCUUCCAGUUGGUGUUGGUGUGUAUCACAUGAGGAUGACCCCCUAUCAGGACGCAGCCUUCCGCUUCCCCUUCACCUCUAAUACAAACAUAGAAAUGGUGGUAGAUGAAAGGCUUUACAUUGAGGUGCGGACUGAAGGUGUGGAUCAACAACAGAUUUCCACUGUUCUGGACUCAUGUUGGGCGACACCAGUCAACAUUGCAAACUACCCUGUUCGUUGGGAUCUCAUUGCUGAAGAGUGUCCCAAUCCAGAUGAUGGUACAGUUGAGCUGGUACAGAAUGGCAUCUCCACAGUGGCUCGUUUCUCCUUCAAGAUGUUCACCUUUACCAACUUCUCAUCCAUUUUCAUUCACUGUAAUGUCCACUUGUGUCUGUUGAGACACAACAACUGCACAGCUCAUUGUUAUCCUGGUCACCCCACGCGUUUCAGGAGGGACUUGUCCUAUCAUGACUCUUCAGCCAUCUCAGUUGGACCACUUCAUCUGAACCCACGUAGCUUAGGAAGGAUCCAGAGCAGCAGUGCUCCAGGACAGAUGACAUCUGUCUUCACCCUGGUCAUUGUUUUGCUGACAGUCAAAAUUCUGAUCCAAUGAGUUUAAAGAGAGCUGAUGUGUUUACCAGCUCCCUUCUUAAAUGUUCAUUUAGGUUUUUCAUUUGGAUUUGUUUUGCGUUAGCAAUCAGGUGGUAGUAAUAGCCUUGCAUACGGAGGUAGGCUCUUUGUACUACACACUGGGGUCAUAAUUAACUUACUGUGAAUUUGAAGCUACUCAUGAAUAAACUCAAGCAAUGGGGUGAUGGGAUACGAUGGCUUUAGUGGGGUGUAAACUGUUUUGAUGUAUUGAAAAUUUACAAUAACUACUGUGUCUGUCAGUCAAAAAGCCUGUCAGUCAAAGAAGUCAUCCUAUGGUUAUCUUAAUUAUCAAAUUAUUUCACUUUAAUAAAUAUAAAUUACUUGUCUUUAUUUGUAGAUUUUCAGUUUAAUAAAAAUGCAUCAUAAAUAGUAUAACAACAGUAUUGUUACAAUAAUAUUAGUCCAGAUUUUAAACUUGGAAGCUAUACUUAAAGCUUAAGACACGACUUUUCUAUCCUACUAUUAGACUUUUGUUUUCAUUGUGGGCUGGAAGAGGAUGAUACUUGGAUUGUUGAUCAACCCUUCUUGGGAAGGAAUUUGUGCUUUGGGAUGUUUUUCUUUUAAAUAAAAAUGCUAGACAGAAGUCCAACCUCUGCAUUGAAGCCCUGAUACAUUUGUUCAUCCAAACAGACAUAAUUUGUGAAAAAAGAAUAACCACCUUCUCUGUGUUAUUAAAAAUGGAAGUGUAAUAUUUAUUAUAGCUUCAUCUGCAAGAGACUCUUGAAAAUGAUGUUUUCAAACAUGCAAUAUUAACAAUUCCCAAAAUAAAACAUUGUUCAGA